AUGUCGCGAAACCUUCAAUUGAUCACUUGGCAGGAGAAGGAUCCAGAGUUCUACAAGUUUUUAGUUGAGGAGGACCAGCAGCUCUUGGAUUUCACGGCCGAUGCUGUCGAUGCGGGCUCGGAGGGCGGUGAGGAAGAGGAAGCAGUCGAGGAGGAUCAGGAGGAUGACGAGGUGGACGGAGCCUUCGUUCAGGAGCAGUCAGUGAGCACCUCUUCAGCCGCUGCACGGCAACUCACGUUGGAGCGCUUCAAGCAGAUUGAGCUUUCAGCGCCAAAGGCCUUCACGGCCUUCAAGGCUGCUCUCAACGCCUACCACACUGCGGUUCGAUCCAUUGAUCCUGACGUGGAGGCGAAGGACGGGGACGAGGAGGCGCCAGCGAGGCGCCGGGCCCCUAAAAGAAAGCGCUCGCGCGGGUCGCUGACCAUUGAGGAUGAGGCCACGUUCUCCGAAGUUCUGGAGUGGUGCCUGGGGAAUGCCCUCGGUCUCCUCAAGCACUAUGCGGGUGAGGAGCUGCAGGCCAGCAAAGGCAAGAAGAAGAAGGUCCAGAAGGACGAAGCCGGGAACGGGUACUUCGAUCCCACCUGCCUGGCCAAAUGGAAGCGUGUCAAGGUGCUAUGCAACAUCUUUUGGGAUGAGACGCUCAUCCUACUGAACAAGGGCCUCACCGUCGAGAUGCAGGAGGCAGUGCUGCGAACUUGCAGCAGCCAGCAGGCGCUCUGCUGGCUUUGGCCCUGCCAGCACCUGCGACGCCGCUUCCUUCGCCGCUGCUGCGCCAUCUGGGCCCGGCCGGCCAGUGGUGGCUCUGAAGCCUCUCCAGGGGGCGUACGGCUUCUGAGCUUCCUCUUCCUGCGCAAUGCCGCGGCCAUGCUGCUGCUGAAGCCCGGGUCAACGAAAGACAUCAGGGGCAUUCCAACUCUGGAGGCCCUGAUCCGCACAGUCCUCCGGUCCUUUGCCAGCGCAGCGGCGGGGACCUACACCUGGCGGUCGGUUUCCAACUUCCGCUUCAUGGAGAACUGCAUUCUGGAGCUCUUCCGUCUGGAUGAUGCUACGUCCUAUCGCGUAGGCUACGUCUGGAUUCGGCAGCUGGCGCUUCUGCUUCGCAACGCCUCCAUGGCCUCCUCAAAAGGCGGCAGCAUCAAUGCACAGACGGCCAAGACAGCCAAGGCUAAGGCUAAAGCCAAGGCGGCCAAGGGCCGUGCCAAAAGAGACAAAGCCGCCAAGGGGAAGGCUGGCAAGGAGAAGAUGGGGAAGUGCGAGGCCGAAGAAGAGGAAGCACCUCGGCGAAAGGUCAAGACAAAGCCGCUGGAAGAGCUGAUGAGCUGGCAGUUUGUCCGAUCCAUGUAUCUUUGGACCAGAGUCGUGACCUCGGUGCCAUCACUGAAGCCGCUGGCUUACCCCCUCUUCAUGGUGAUCCUGGGUGCGGUGAAGAGCCGCCUCACGAAUCUCCAGUGCUUCCCCUUCGUCUGCCAUGGUCUCACCUGCCUGAACCGGCUGGCUGCGGGCCUCGAGGUCCUGGUGCCUCUUUCAAGUCACCUCCUGAAACUCCUGGACAUUGUCCACCAUCAGCUGGAGUCGAGGAAGAAGUUCGGCUCGAAGGCCGAGGAUCCAGAUGGCGAAGAAGCGGAGGCAGGUGAACGAAAGCCGCCCGACAUGGAGGUUCUGCUGCGCCUUUCGACCGGUCGGGAAGAAGUCUUAGUCAUGGUGGCAGAGAGGAUUUGCGGCCUCUUCAUAGACCACCUCGGUCUUCUCAGCCGCUCAACCUCCUUCCCGGAGCUCUCGGCGCCAGUUGUCUUGCACCUGCGGCGCCAAAGCAAGCACUGCCGCAACGAAACUCUGCGGAAGCAGCUGAAAGCGCUGCUGGCCGUCGUGGAGCAGAGCAGCCAAGAGGUACAGCGGUACCGGGAGCAGCUCCAGGAGCCGCCUCCUGCUGGGAAGCUGCUAGUACUUGCCGCAGACGCCACGCCUCUGGCAAAGCAACGAGCGCAGUGGCUCAAGCGCCGGGCCGAGAACGAGCGCUCCAAAGUGGAAGGUGAGCUUGAGCAAAGCAAAGCCCGCAAGAGAAGGAAGGUGGCCAAGGUGGCGAAGGGCUGA